GAAUCAUUCCUGGACAUUACUCGGCCAUUGCCAGUGGACCACAUUAUGAAGUAUACCCCAACGGCUCCCUUCUUAUCAAGGACACACAGCCAGAAGAUGGGGGUUUCUACUCGUGCCAGGCCAACAAUGGAAUUGAAUCGGGUUUAAGUAAAGUGGUCUUCCUUACUGUUCAUGUCCCGCCACGUUUUGAAACCAAGUUCAGAAGCAAGAAGGCCACCAAGGGAAAGGAAGUCAAAUUGAAAUGCCGUGCUACUGGAGAUCAUCCCAUGACCAUUGUUUGGAGUGUCAAUGGCCAGCGACUGAAUCCUUCUAACAACCCAAGAUUCAAUCUUCGAGAACAAGUAGGCAAGAAGGAAAUUUCAUCAGAAAUUACCAUCCUAGCUGCGGAUAGACAAGACUCGGCAAACUUUACUUGCCAUGUAUCAAAUUCUUUUGGUCAUCAUGAUACCAGAGUCAUGCUUGUUGUACAAGAACCACCAGAUUUGCCAAGGGAAGUUAAGGUAUUGGAAAAGAAAAGCCGCUCAGCUGUAAUUGGAUGGUCAAUUCCAUUUGAUGGAAACAGCAAUAUAACACGAUACAUCUUGCAAUGUUCACCAAGUCAAGGCUGGCAGAAUCAUGUAAUCAACCUAACAGUGGACAGAACUGAGAGUACAGCCACGCUGAAAGGGCUGAGGCCCGCUCAGUCUUAUAGAUGUAAAGUGAGUGCAGAGAAUGGUGUUGGAAUAGGACCAUCAAGUGAAGAAGUGUCUGUCAUCACAACUGAAGAAGUUCCAGGUGGUCCUCCUCAAGGAGUAAAGGCUGAAGCUGUGGACUCUCAGACUGUUCAUGUUACAUGGCAGCCACCAGAAAGGGAACUGUGGAAUGGACCUCUAAAGGGGUACUAUGUGGGCUAUAAGGUACAUAACUCUGAUGCUCCUUACCUGUAUAAAAACUUGGAAGUGGGCAAACACACCCGAGAGGAGGUUGUACUCUCACAACUCGAGAAGUUUACAAGCUACACAAUCUUAGUCCAGGCUUACAACUCAAUGGGUGCUGGUCCUCGUUCUGAUGAAGUGGUGGUUCGAACUCUAGAAGAUGUCCCCAGUGAACCUCCCAAAAACCUCCAAUGUUCACCGAUGACAUCAGAGACUCUCCUUGUCAAGUGGGAAUCUCCGCCCCUGGACAGCAUCCAUGGAGUGUUGCAGGGAUACACAAUCCUCUACAGACCAGUGGAAGAAAAACCUGCUACAGGCUAUGAAGAGAGAACAGUAACAAGGGAAGAAGCCAAACUAACUCAUCUGCAGAAGUUUACAAACUACAGCAUAGCUGUAAUGGCUUAUACUCAAAAGGGUAGUGGGGUAAAGUCUAACCCCAUUUUCUGCAGAACACUAGAAGAUGCACCAAGUGCUCCAGCAGAUAUCAAAGCUGUUGUUGUGUCUAAAGAUACUAUCUGGGUUGUAUGGAAACCUCCAUCACAACCAAAUGGAAUCAUAACAAAUUACUCUCUGUUCUGGCGGAGUACAGCUAAUGGCUACAAGAAUGCUACUGUCAUCCAGGUUCAAGCUGGACAACUCGAUUACAAAGUCUCUGGCUUGCAAGAAAGUUCAAGGAACGAGUUCUGGGUGACUGCAUCAACGAAUAGAGGGGAAGGUGAUCCUACCCGAGUUGUAUCACAGACAACAACUAGAAGAGUACCAGCAAGGAUUAUCAACUUUGGUCGGACUUUAACAGUUCCUUUUGGUGGCAAGGUCUCUUUACCGUGUCAUGCUGUUGGCCACCCAGAACCCGGACGAAAAUGGACAAUCGGGAGCAAGCCAUUCAUUAAAUCAGAACAGAUCGAAGUGCAGAAAGAUGGGUCACUAUAUAUCAGAAAACUUCAAUAUCUGAACACCGACAACUAUACCUGUCAUGUACACAAUAAACAUGGUGCUGACGAAAUUACAUAUUCUUUGAACAUGCAAGCACCUUUCCAAGGAGUCGAGGUGAAACUACUGUCAUCUUCUUUAACCUCAGCCAACUUCUCCAUAUCAGACACUUUUAUGGAGGGAAAUGUUCAAGACUUUAGUGUCCAUUAUAAACCAGAAGGUGGGCAGUGGAAGCAACAUCGUCUCGAUGGAAAAGAAAGACAAUUCACUCUCCAAGGUCUCCGGUGUGGGACUAGUUACAGACUGUACUUGGUUGCUUUUACUAGAGAAACUCAGAAACGUAGUGAACAGGUCUUAUUUAGGACAGAAGGAUCAGCUCCUCCCACACCUAUUAAAGAAGAGCUGCUUAGUGCUAAUGCUACCCACAUACUCAUACACUUAUCUGCUUGGGAAAAACGACAAAGUUGUCCUGUGACAAGAAUGGUCAUUGAGUAUCGUCUCCAAAGUCAAGACCAGUGGAUAACUUUCUUGGACAAGAUGACUCCAAUUCACCGAAACCAUGUGGUUAUUCCCGAUCUUAACUCCGAGACCUGGUAUGUUGUCCGAAUAUCUGCUCAUAGCGACGUGGGCUCUGUGAGAGCAAAGUAUGAUAUCAAAACCCGGAGGCAAUUUAUUGCCUUCCCUCCAGACUCCAGUAACCCAGGUCAUGUUUCCUCAUCUACAUCUUUUUUUGAGGAUACAACUACACUGGUGUCUAUGGUUUCUUCUGUUGUGGUGCUUAUUGCUGGAGUUGUCGCUGUGGUAUGCCUUGUGAUGUACAAGCGUAGACGAAACAACAACAACCGCCAUCACUAUAGACCCACUAGAACUCAAGCUACAGUAUCUUCAUCAAGAAGUGAUGUGGCAACCACUACAGCCCUGAUGUCUCACACAGAAAAAAAGUCCCAACGUUCUGAAGCAAGUCGUCAGAGUCACAGCCGUGAGCUCCCAUCAUAUUUUUCUUCUCCUGUCAGAAAAGUCACUCCUUCAAACAAUGUUGCUCAAGCCAAGCAACUGAACAACUCUCCCUCAACGAGUCAUUAUUUUGAAGAUGAAAUAGCUCCCUAUGCAACUUUUAGGCUUCCUGAAGAAGGGGUACAUAACGAAGAAACAGAAGAAUUUAAAACAUUUAGUGUAAAACAUGGUGAACCCCCAUAUCUAACAAAGGCAAGUCUUGACCCUCCAAGUAAAACUGGGAAAGGAGGUGAUGAGUUUUAUAGCCAUAGCCAAUGUACAGCUCCCAACAGUCAUAGCCUUACCUCAGGGUCUUCCAAUCAAGAAGAGCUUAUGCGAGCAUAUGAAUAUGCUCGCCGACACCCACCCCCUUCCUCCAAUUAUGAGCAAACCCGUGGUUUAAGUCAUACCAGUGGCACAACCGAAUCAGAAGCAACUGACCCAGGGAUUCGUCAGUUCACAGGGUCUCCUCCUAAACCCAACGAACGACGCCAAGGUGCUUGUUUUACUCCAGGCCUUCCGAGUAGCACACCAGCUACAAAGCGUAACAGCAGUUCCUCUGAUGAAGUUACCCCAGUAAACAGUCCACCACAAACACGUGAACUAGUUGCCAACUUUGGAGCACUGCCCCGAGACAAAAGCCGCCAGUCCUGGGGUGGGGCAAAAAGCCGAGCCCAACCAGCAUGCAGAAGAAGUUCUAAAGGAAUAAAGAAAGGUCUUUCUAGUGAUGAGAGUGACAGUGAGGGGACGAUAUACACGUUUAGUCAAGCUGACACAGUAGUUUUACGAGGAAGCAGUGGGAACGAACUCUCUGAGACAGAAUGUGACUGGGAUCGGCUCACUAGGUUUUCUAGAGGUCCAUUUCCUCGACGGCCCCCUCCACGCACCACAACAAAGUCUGACGUCAUCGACUGCUAGCACCUGCAGCACGGAGACUUAGAAAUCAUCCUGUCUCAAUGAUUAACAGUUUAGCCUCUUGUGCUGUAAGCUCAUAUAGUGGCAACUCUGCACAAAGUGGUUUUAAUUUCAGAUGAUAACUUAUUCCUUCUUUCUUCAUUUUUAAACCCUUCAGCUUUAUUUUAGUCAUACAGUUUCUUUAAUCUAGCUUGUCUUCACAGUACUAUCGACAUCUGUAUCAGUUUUAGAGAAGGAAGGUUUUCAACAAAAAUCUUUAGUGUUAUCAGGAAUAUAUGUUGCAUUACAGUUCUCCCCAAAACGUUCCAUCUUUUGUCAUUAAGUCCAUAAUAGGUAUUUAUCCAAGCUUUGAGGUGUAAUAUAUCUGGGAUUCCAUAGUCAGUUAAUAACCGUCCUAAUAUGUUCUCAGUUUAGCUAUAUUCGCCUCUCCUAAGUAAAGUUUAGAUUUUCAUUCCUGAUGUUUGCAAGAUUUCAUCAAUAGCAUUUUGUUCUAUUCUCAGUCUCAGACAUCCACAAAUAAAAAACACACUAUUCAAAAACCUGCUGAAAUCAAACUUAAAAUAGGCCCAAUUUAUAAGAUAUAAGAGCAGCAGUCUCAACCACAAUAAUCUUACACUUUUGAAAUAUUAACCACAGUACACUUUCAACCAUCAGCAAAGAUUUGUAAAAGUAGCUGAUCAUAGGAACUGAAUCAAUCACAAAUUUGUAUUUUCAAAAUUAUGGCAAUUUCAGACUCUUUUUUGUUUUUCUUAAGAGAACAGACUAGGUAAAUAUCAUGAUAUCUCUACAAUCACAUCACUACUCGUAACCUUUCCAAACCAAGGAGGUACACGGGUAAACACGCAAUUGCAUAACAUUUUUUUGGCAACUUUUGCAUAUAUUGUAUAACCAAGAUACAGUAAGUAGCUUAAUAAGUUCAAGAUUCUUAAGUUGGGAUAUCAAAAUAUUUACUAGAAAAAAUAAAACUUUAUCAUAUUUUAAAUAGUGUAAUACCAAAACAAAAAUAUAGUGACAAUAUUACGAAUAAUAUGUAGACUUACCAGUACAAUACCAACUGUUAGGACUAUUCACUAGUUAAUGGAGUGUUAACUGAUAUUAGUUUAAAAGUUUUAAUUUUUUUCUCAUUAUAUUGCUAUUAUAAUACAUUUUAGUGGUAAGACUUAAACUUUGCAAGUAUUUAAACUUCCAUAAGACUGUAUUUUUUACAAAAUUUCAUCCAAAUGUUUCCUACUGUGUCUUCCAUUGUGAUAUAGUUUCAGUAUCAGCUUUAGUUUUUAGCAUCUCAUAACCAACGCUGUUUCAGUUUUGUAACAUUCAAUUAUUGUUCUUAAACUGCAUAAGUAUACCUUAAUCUCUUAGAGGUUUUGCACAGUGGGUAAUUUUUAUCCUUUAAGGCUUUAGUACAAUUACACUUAGCAUUUAUAGCAUUAUUGUUUUACACACUGAGAAACUUUCAGUAAUUUUUUAACCGCAACAUCCUUCCUCAGUGGAUAUAAUGUUGAUGGCGCAUACUCAGAAAUUCAGAGUAUUCAAAUUGUUUUAAACUGCUGCCCUUAAACAUUAUUUUUCAUCAAACAAAACUUUUCUCAAGUUUGGCUUCAGCAUAACUUGACUUUAUUUACCAAACAUCAACAGUCAUAAGUCCAGUCAGUCAAAUGAAAUGGCAAGUCAGAUGUCACACUACCUUGUAACGAAUACAAAAACCAGCAAGGUAUAAUUAAUAUUAUGAUGUUAACAAAUAGCCAUAAUUGGUAGCUCAAAAACUUCCCAAUUUAAAUAGUCACAGUGCUGAGUUAAAGUCAGUAUCCAUAUUUAUUUUUAUUAAGUUAAAUUCACAGAAGUCAAACAAGAUUCCAGUCAUUCAUGCAAUAACCUCCAUAAAAGGUUACAGUUAUAACUGAUUACAGAAAAUUGUCAUGCUUAUUUUGUUACAGCUAAAAAAAAAGUCAACAAUCGCAGCUGUUUAAAGUUAAAAAUCACACUAAUGAGCUCACAGUCAUAUCUGGUUUCCCUUAAAAGAACCAACUGUCAUAUUUGGUUACAAUUAUGAGAUGAAACAUUCAUAUCCGAUUACAGUAAUAAAUAUUUACACUUACACGAGUCAACAGAUACAAGAUAUUCAUACUCCAUUACAGUAAUAACUAGUU